ACAAGUGAAGAGGGAAAAUCAAAUAAUCAUCUGAGAAACUGACCAAGAGAUUUUUGCAACCAACAGUCACUGAUCCGAUAUACAUUCUUAAACUGAAGGAUUUAUUCAUCUGUAAUCAUUGAGUCAAGAUGGUCCCAUCAUUAUUUCUGAGCACAACGACAUAUUUUCUGUUGACGGCUUCGCUGCUGGCUCUCUUGAUUUUUCUCAUUGAUUAUGGCAAGGCAAAACGAAGGAGGACCAUGUCAGGCAUCGUCGAGGAGGGCAUCGUCAAGGAAAUAAAGAAGGACGAGGUACCAGAUGCACCUGGACCCAAGCCAUGGCCAAUCAUUGGAUCUCUUGAUGUCCUGGGACAGUACGAUGUGCCAUAUAAAGCAUUCAGUGAGCUUGCUAAGCAGUAUAACAGUCAGAUCAUAAAGCUCAGGUUGGGUUCGCUGAACUGUAUCGUUGUCAAUGGAGUGGAGAACAUCAAGGAAAUUCUCUUCAUCAAAGGCACCCAUUUCGACUCUCGUCCAAACUUCGCGAGAUACAAUCAACUAUUCGGUGGUAACAAAGAUAACUCACUGGCGUUCAGCGACUGGUCUGAGCUGCAGAAAACCCGACGUGAGAUGCUACGGGCCCACACAUUUCCCCGGUCAUUUACCAAGAGGUAUAAUGAGCUCAACUGCUUCAUCGCCAAGGAGAUUGAGCAGUUGCUAAGUCAUAUCGAGAGUAGUGCAAGUACCAAUGUCAAGGUCGCUAUAAAGCCACCGAUACUGAAGGCGUGCGCUAAUAUCUUCACUAAUUACUUCUGCUCGAGGCGAUUUGGUGAUGAUGAUGGAGAGUUCCAGAGCUUAAUCGAUGCCUUUGAUAACAUAUUCUGGGAAGUGAAUCAGGGGUACGCAGCUGAUUUCAUGCCAUUUCUUCUACCUUUGCACACUCGGAAGUUCCAAAAAGCUACCGCAUGGGCUGCCACUAUUCGUAGAUUUGUUGACAAGCGAUUGAUUGGCGACCGGAGAUCAUCCUGGACCGAAGACACUCCUGAGGAGGACUACGUGGACUGCUUGAUUAAUCACGUGCAGAGCAACGCUGAACCCAACAUGUCGUGGGAGACUGCUGUGUUCGCGUUGGAGGACAUCAUCGGAGGACACGCGGCUAUUGGAAAUUUUCUCGUUAAAGUUUUGGGAUACCUGGCACCGAGGAGACACGUCCAGGAGGAAGCGCAGAAGGAGAUUGAUGGAAUUGAAGGGCUCGGGAAGAUUGUGGGGUUAGAGUACAGAAGAAGCAUGCCAUAUACUGAAGCCAUUCUUCUCGAAUCCAUCAGACUCAUUGCCAGUCCCAUUGUCCCACAUGUGGCGAAUCGCGAUAGUUCCGUUGCUGGUUAUAAAGUUGAGAAGGAUGCGUUCAUAUUCCUCAACAACUACGAUCUGAACAUGUCCGAAGAGCUGUGGACAUCACCUCAAGAAUUCAUCCCCGAAAGAUUUAUAAAAAAUGGCACGAUAUUGAAACCAGAGUACUUCCUGCCAUUCGGCGGAGGUAGACGAUCAUGCAUGGGUUACAAAAUGGUGCAGUACCUCACCUUUUCAAUUGUUGCAACUAUUCUCAAGCAUUACACUCUUCUUCCUGCGGAUGGUGAGAGUUACCAUGUACCUGUUUGUAGUCUCGCGUUGCCAGCGGACACGUUCAAAUUUAGGUUUGAAAAAAGAUGAUUCAUCAGUACUGAGUAUACCUAUUACAUCCAAAGAACUGCGAAUCGUAUGAGCGCAAUUGUUAGAUUUUAAGAUAGAUUUCUACUAUUUUUCGUGCUCUGAUUAUUCCCCAGGAGAGAAAUGACUAUCGAAACAAGACUGGGCCAGCUCUGUGUCAGUACAGAGCAACUCUGAGACUCUACUGCAUAUCGGUAUCAUUUGAGUACAAAAUUUUCACUGUAGUGAUGACAAAUAUUACAGUACUCAGUCUCAGAUUUGUCUCAGUACCGUUUACCGACGCUGUAUCCCUAUUGUUUGAUUUCACUUUGUCAGUACUGAUAUUUAAUACUGAAACACGAUCAUGGAUCGGCGUAGAUUCAUAACUGUGUCUCACAAUAAAUCUAUGCCGACUCUCACGUGUGGCAGUUCAUUCAUGUAGUUCAAUAAUUA